UGCUCUUCAGGAGCAGGGGAUUUGGGAAAAAGACAAAGACCAAGAACUUGGGGGAAGGGACUUGGACUCAGCAGAACAAGGUCCCCCAGUUAAUAGGUGAUGGAGUUGACCACAGAGCUGGGCAAAGGUGAAUGUGAUCUGCUGUGCUGCCGCACAUUCCCUCAUCCCCUCGUGUUGCUUUGCUGCCACUUGGCCCCUCCCUGAAGUAGGCAGCUCACCCUUUCCGCUGGUGGCCCCAGCCCUGGAUUAGAGCAGAAGGGCCAGAGCGCUGGCAGCAUGAACAAACAGAUCCAGAAACCUCAUCCACUCCCCUUGCUGGCUCCCCAGAGCCCCUCAUCCCCGCCCUGGGAUUCCCUCUGUGGGACCCCUUCCUGGGCCCUCAGCUGGCUCUUGGCUGCCCAGCACAUUCUGGUUCUGGCCUCUCUGCUUUGUGUCUCCCACCUGCUCCUGCUUUGUAAUCUUCCACCAGGAGGACUGUCCUAUCCUCCUGGUCAGCUCCUGGCUUCCAGUUUCUUCUCUUGUGGUUUGUCUACAGCCAUGCAGACCUGGAUGGGCAGCAGGCUGCCUCUGGUCCAGGCCCCAUCCUUUGAGUAUCUCAUUCCUGCUCUGGUAUUGACCAGCCAGAAACCAUACCAAGCUACUUGGGCACCUGCAAACAGUUCUGAUGCACCGAGUCCGUGUGUGGGAACGGGCUGCCCUUCCUUGGGAAGCUGGGAUGAGUCUCUCAGGGAGGUGUCAGGUGCCGUGCUGAUAUCUGGGCUGCUUCAGGGAAUACUAGGGUUGUUGGGGGGACCUGGUCGAUUGUUCCUUCAUUUUGGGCCUCUGGUCCUUGCUCCCAGCCUGGCUGUGGUAGGGCUUUCUGCUCACAAGGAAGUUGCACUGUUCUGUUCUGCAAAUUGGGGCCUUGCAUUGCUGCCUAUCCUCCUUAUGGUCGUAUGUUCUCAGCAUCUGGGAUCCUGCCUGCUGCCCUUGUGCCCACUUCGAACUCCUGUUCCUCCAACUCACACCUACGUCCCCGUCUUCCGCCUCUUUUCGGUGCUGUUCCCUGUCAUCUGCGUUUGGAUGCUCUCUGCUUUAUUGGGCCUUAGUUUCACUCCACAGGAGCUGUCUGCCCCUAACUUCAACCCUUGGCUGUGGUUGCCUCACCCAGGUGGAUGGGGCUGGCCCAGGUUAACCCUCCGAGGCCUGGCUGCAGGCACCACCAUGGCACUGGCGGCCUCUACCAGCUCCUUGUGCUGUUACGCGCUGUGUGGCCGGCUGCUGCAGCUGACACCUCCCCCUUCACACGCUUGCAGCCGAGGCCUGGGCUUUGAGGGCCUGGGCAGCCUGCUGGCUGGACUGCUGGGGAGUCCUUUGGGCAUUUCCUCUAGCUUCCCCAACGUGGGAACCAUCAGCCUCACCCAGGCUGGGUCUCACAGAGUGGCCAGGCUAGUCAGCCUCCUGUGUAUAGGGUUGGGUCUCUCUCCACGCUUGGCACAGGCCCUCACCACCAUCCCACUGCCAGUUCAUGGUGCUGUGCUGGGAGUGAACCAGGCAGUCAUCUUGUCCACUGGCUUUUCCUACUUCUACUCUACGGACAUUGACUCAGGGCGGAAUGUCUUCAUUGUUGGCUUUGUCAUCUUCAUGGCACUGCUGCUACCUCGAUGGCUUCAGGAGGCGCCCAUUCUCAACACAGGCUGGGGUCCGGCGGACGUGCUGCUUGGGGCCUUCUUGGCCGAGCCUGUGCUCCUGGCCGGACUCUUGAGCUUCUUCCUGGAGAACACCAUCCCAGGAACUCGAUUAGAGCGGGGUCUGCCCUCUCGGAAAGAAGCUCAGGGCCCUCUGGAGCUCAGGAAAGCGGCCCUGGAGUACGAGCUGCCCGCGCCCUUGAAAAAUAUAUGUGCCUGGCUCCCCUGGCCCCUGCGAGGCUUCUGCUCCUCCCCUGAGGAGCCCGAGGAUGAGGAGCAAGGGCGUGCGGAGCCCCUAGAAACCGUCGACCUGCUGCCCAGCCCCGACCAGCGCUGACCCCUCCUCACUGGCUGGGGCGGGUUUCUGGGGUCCCGCCCCCGCCCUAUAAAUUUCAUCUAAACCUUAAAAA